AUGCACAUUGCGCAGGGCCUAAUGAAGGUGAUCAAUGUCAACAAGUUGACUUCCUCCGGAUGCCAUGUCAAGAUAUGGAUUGCUGAUUGGUUUGCUCAGCUGAAUCACAAGUUGGAUGGUGAACUGAAGAAAAUCCAGGUCGUCGGCGAGUAUUUCAUCGAGACAUGGAAGGCCGCGGGGAUGAAGCUUGACAAUGUGGAGUUUCUAUGGAAUUCAAAGGAGAUUAACUCGAGAGCUGACGAGUACUGGCCCCUUGUUAUGAAUAUAGGCACGCAAUUCAAGCUUCCUAGGGUGCAGAGGUGUUUGUCAAAUUAUGGGCCGUUCCAAUCCUAA